UAACAAGCCAACAGGGCCAGUCCCAGGCAGGCCGGGGCCCUUGGGAAACCUCGGCCGCCAUCGUGAUUGAUGGCAACCCUGCGCGCACAGUGCUCGCAGCCACAUAAAACAGCAGAGAGAAAGGAGGAGUCUGGGGGAUCGUGUCUGAGGGGGAACCAUCAGAAAUGUUACCAGAAAGACCUGAGGAGCAGAAGAUGGAACAAAAAUUGGGGAGUCAAGAUGGAGUAGAGAGAAGAGAAGAGCAAAAUGCAGAAACUGGGGAUGAAUCCAGAGCUUCCCACAGUGGUGAAUGUAAAAUUCAACAGGAAACUCAUCACCUAAAGGAAAUGAGAAGGCCUCCUGAGUGCAGUAAAAUCUUAAACUGCCAAGAAGGCCUAAAUCAGCGCCGACAUAUGACUCAUAGAGAGGAGAAAGAGCAUGAAUGCUUGGAGUGUGGAAAGAGCUUCAAUCAGAGCAGCAACCUUACUGUGCAUCAAAGAACCCAUUCAGUGUACAAACCUUAUAAAUGUUUGGAGUGUGGAAAGAUCUUCAGUCAGAGUGGCACCCUUACUUUGCAUCAAAGAACUCAUACAGGGGACAAACCUUAUAAAUACUUGGAGUGUGGAAAGGGCUUCACUGUGCAUUCCCAACUUACUAACCAUCAAAGAACUCAUACACGGGAGAAACCUUAUAAAUGUUUGGAGUGUGGAAAGAGCUUCAGUCAGAGUGGCAACCUUACUUCGCAUCAAAGAACUCAUACAGGGGAGAAACCUUAUAAAUGCUUCGAGUGUGGAAAGAGCUUCAUUCACAGUGGGAACCUAACUGUUCAUCACAGAACUCAUACAGGGGAGAAACCUUAUAAAUGCGUGGAGUGUGGAAAGAGCUUUAGUCAUAAUGGCGCCCUUACUUCGCAUCAAAGAACUCAUACAGGGGAGAAACCUUAUAAAUGCUUGGAGUGUGGAAAGAGUUUCAAUCGGAGUGGCACCCUUACUUCGCAUCAAAGAACUCAUACAGGGGAGAAACCUUAUAAAUGUUUGGAGUGUGGAAAGAGCUUCAGUCAGAGUGGCAACCUUACUUCGCAUCAAAGAACUCAUAAAUGGGACAAACUUUAUAAAUGCUUGGAGUGUGGAAAGAGUUUCAAUCGGAGUGGCACCCUUACUUCGCAUCAAAGAACUCAUACAGGAGAAAAACCUUAUAAAUGCUUCGAGUGUGGAAAGAGCUUCAUUCACAGUGGCAACCUAACUGCGCAUCACAGAACUCAUACAGGGGAGAAACCUUAUAAAUGCGUGGAGCGUGGAAAGAGCUUUAGUCAUAAUGGCACCCUUACUGAGCAUCAAAGAACUCAUACAGGGGAGAAACCUUAUAAAUGCUUGGAGUGUGGAAAAAGCUUUAGUCAUAAUAGCACCCUUACUGAGCAUCAAAGAACUCAUACAGGGGAGAAACCCUAUAAAUGCUUGGAGUGUGGAAAGAGCUUCAAUCGGAGUGGCAACCUUACUUCGCAUCAAAGAACUCACACAGGGGACAAACCUUAUAAAUGCUUGGAGUGUGGAAAGAGCUUCAGUCAGAGUGGCAACCUUACUUCGCAUCAAAGAACUCAUAAAUGGGACAAACCUUAUAAAUGCUUGGAGUGUGGAAAGAGUUUCAGUCGGAGUGGCACCCUUAGUGAGCAUCAAAUAACUCAUACAGGGGAGAAACCUUAUAAAUGCUUGGAGUGUGGAAAGAAUUUCCAUCGGAGUGACGCCCUUACUUCGCAUCAAAGAACUCAUACAGGGGAGAAACCUUAUAAAUGCUUGGAGUGUGGAAAGAAUUUCAAUCGGAGUGGUGCCCUUACUUCGCAUCAAAGAACUCAUACAGGGGAGAAACCUUAUAAAUGCUUGGAGUGUGGAAAGAGUUUCAGUCGGAGUGGCGACCUUACUGAGCAUCAUAGAACUCAUACAGGGGAGAAACCUUAUAAAUGCUUGGAGUGUGGAAAGAGCUUCAGUCAGAGCAGCACCCUUACCAAGCAUCAAAGAACUCACACAGGGGAGAAACCUUAUAAAUGCUUGGAGUGUGGAAAGAGUUUCAGUCGGAGUGGCAACCUUACUGAGCAUCAAAGAACUCACACAGGGGAGAAAACCUAUAAACGCUUGGAAUGUGGAAAGAGCUUCAGUCACAGUGAUAAAAUUACUUCGCAUUGAAGAAGUCAUUCAGGGGACAAAACUUAUUGUUUGGAGCGUGGAAAGGGUCAGAAUGGCACAUCAAAUCAUCCACACGGGAAAAGCCAUGUAAAUUCUUUUAAUAUGGAAGACGUUUUAAGCACAAUUCCAGCCUUAAUGUACAUCAAAGGAUCCAUACCGUGUAGAGCCUUAUAAGUGUCUGGAGUAUUGAAAGAGGACAGGAGAGCAACCAUGGGGUAUCACUGAAAAUUGAACAAAACCCAGGAGAGGAAGAAACCUCAAGGUGGCAAGUCAAACAGAGAGCCGAAAGUAGCAAGAAUGUGCAGUGUUCAUAUGUUCAUUUAGGCCCAUUGUAUUUCAGGUCAAAAAGAUCCUUCUUCAAGGGCAACUUACAAUCAAAUGCAGACUCCAUGAAUAAAUCAUGAGAUAAUAACACUUGAAAAUUUAAAUAAGUACAAAACCGACAACAUACUUUGUUAGUGGUUUAGUUGUUAUCUAAACUUUUAAGGCUUAUUACCUUAUGAUUUAUUUAUGUAGCCUCUGUUUGAUUGUAAGUUGCACUUGAAGAAGGGUCUUGCUGCCCUGAAACAUGUCAUGCCUGAAUAAACAUUUGAACAGCACAUCGUCCCACUGCUUUUUGCUGUCUGAGACAGGCACCUUGAGGUUUCUUCCUCUCCUGGUUUUUGUUUGAGUAUCGAAAGAGCAACAAUCCGGAUUAUACCUUUGCUACAUAAUUUAAAAAAUCACACUGGGAGAAACAAUAAGCUCCUGGCUCUCUGGGAACAAGUUUGGUUCCUUGAGACCAAGAUGGGUGACCUGGAGAAGUGGAGAGGUUUGUGGAUAAGGCGUUCAGGAAACCUAUAGCUAUGCCCCACUCCCAGGAUGGUAGCUGUCUUGCUGUCAAGGAGAAUGUGGGCCUUGGGGAAGGAGACCAUCUAUCUGAGAAGGAGGGAAAUGUGUUGCAUUCACAACCCAGUAGUAAACUUCCUAGAUUUAUUAUGUGCCUGUGCCCUGGAACUGUUGGUCAUGGAACCAACGAGAGGGGCGGCAACCCUGGACACAUGAAAUGCUGCUGUUGUUUAGAAAGGUAAAGGUGUCCCUGCACUUAUAGUGCGAGUCGUUUCCGACUCUUAGGGUGAUGUCUUGUGAUGUUUACUAGGCAGACUGUAUAUAUGGGGCGGGAUUGCCAGUUCCUUCCCCGGCCUUUCUUUACCCCCCAGCAUAUGCCGGGUACUCACGGAGGGAUGGAAGGGUGAGUGGACCUCGACCCCUUUUACCGGAGAUUCGACUUCCUCCUUCUGUUGGAAUCGAACUCCGGCCAUGAGCAGAGCUUUGGCUGCAUUACCACUGCUUACCGCUCUGCACCACGGAGGUAUGUAUGUUAUUUACAUAAAUGUAAAAGUCCAGUUGUCAGGAAAAUCCAACAUGGUCACAUUUGCUUUCAAAAGAGGAUACUUCCCAAAAAUAACGGGAUUGGUAAAAGAAAGUUGAAAGACAAAGUCAGGAGGAUCAAAUCACUCCAAAAUGCUUGGGAGUUGUUUAAAAAUACUGUAUUAGAAGCUGAAGUGGAGUGUAUACCACACAUCAGGAAAGAUACCUCCAGGACCAAGAAGAUGCCAGCAUGGUUAACAAGCAGAGUCAAAGAAGCUAUUAGAGGUAAGAAGGCUUCCUUCAAAAAAUGGAAAUCUGGCUGAAUGAAGAAAAUGAAAAAACACAAAUUCUGGCAACAGAAGUGCAAGAAGACAUAGGAUGCUAAACAUUUAAGGAGCACAUUGGUAAAAACAUAAAAAACAACAAAAAUAAAUACAUUCAAAGCAGGAGACCAUCUAGGGAGGCAGUUGUACCCUUGGAUGACAAGAAGGGCAAAGAUGUGGUAAAACAGGAUAAGGAGAUUGCAGAGAAGCUCAAUGAAUUCUUUGCAUUUGGUGGUGGAGGAUAUAGGGCAGAUCCUGGGAGUGAACUAACUUGCAGGAAGGGAGUCUGAAGAACUGAGGCUAAUAGCAAUGAUGAGAGAUGAAGCCCUAUGCUUAAUUGUCCAGAGAAAAAAUGAGGAAUCGCUGGGUUGGGAGGGCAUCCACCCUAGAGUUCCCAAGUCACUCCAUUGUGAGAUUGUUGAUCUUCCAAAAAUAUGGAAGUGUCUCACAUCUGCCUCCGUUCCUGAGGACUGGAAAGUGGCCGAUUUAAUGCCAAUCUUUAAAAAGGUUUCAGGGGCAAUUCUUGAAAUUACAGGCUGGUUAGCUUAAUGUUUCUCCCAGGAAAAUUGGUAGGAAGUAUUGUUAAAGAUAAAAUAAGCAAGCAUGGCUUCUGCAAGGGAAAGUCCUGUCACACUGACCUAUUAGAAUUCUUUGAGUGUCAAUAAGCAUAUAGAUCGAGGUGAUCCAGUGGACAUAAUGUACUUAGGCUUUCAAAAAGCUCUCAACAAGGUACCUUGCCAAAGACUUCUGAGUAAGGUUAGCAGUCAUGGGAUAUGAGAUGACGUCCUUCUUGUGAAUCAGGAUUGGGUAGGAAACAGAAGGAGAGUAGGAAUAAAUGGACAAUUCUCUCAAUGGAGGGAAGUAGAAAGUGAAGUCCCUGAAAGAUGGGUAUUGGGACUAACGCUUUUUAAUUUGUUCAUUAAUGAUCUAUAGAUAAAGGUAAGUAGUGAGAUGGUCAAGUUUGCUGAUGAUACUAAAUUGUUCAGGGUUGUUAAAACAAAAGGAUUGCAAAGAGCUCCAAAAGGACCUCUCCAAACUGAGUGAAUGGGCAGUGAAAUCGCAUAUGCAAUUCAGUGUCAACAAAUGUAAAGUUACGCAUAUUGGAGCAAAAACCUUAAUUUCACAUAUACGCUCAUGGGGUCUGAACUGGCGGUGACUGACCAGGAAUAAGGCCGUGGGGUCAUAGUGGAUAGCUCAAUGAAGAUGUUGACCUGCUGUGAAAUUAGCAGUGCUGGGUAACCGUGGUGAAUCCACCCGUAUACCCCGAGAAGGCUGAGGAUCCUUUCAACCCCUAAUGUUAUGGGAAACAAUUUCUGCAGGUGUUUGUCUCGUGACCUGACAUUUCCCAAUACAGAACUGAAUCUUCAAUAAGAAAAAUUAGGGAGAGAAAAAACGACAAAUCGGAAUGCAGAAAAGUUGGGGUGUUCAGUCCUUUGGGGCUGGAACUUUGGCUCAUCAUCAACUUUGUACUGAUCUUGCUUUUCUACUCUUUAUGUACAUACAUUUCUUAUUUUAAUAUUUUUACUUACUCCCAGGUGAGGUUUAUAUUUCACUUUUAUUUUUCAAACUUUCCCCCUUCAUCUCUGUUCUUCUGGAGCCCAUCUGCGGGGCCUUACAUUCAGCUGGUUCCUUUGAAUCCCUGCUUGGAUAGGGAGCUGUCCUUUCUUUCUCUUUUCUUAAUAUUUAGGAUAAAUGCUUAUAUACCUGUACCAUAGCGAAGCUUUAACUAGUUUGGACUGGUGGAAGGGAGUAAAAGAAAGUAGAAUUGCAUAAUAGUUAAAAUUAACAUUGGUUUUGCAUGCCAUAAUUGUUUGUAAUAGUUAAGUUGCAUCUUGUUCUUCUGAGUAAAGUUGACAUAGCCAUAUUCUGUUUUCCAAGUAAUGAUUAUUUCUCCCUUCCCCAAGAUUCGAUAAUGUGCUGUGGAUUUCUCUUUGAUAUUAUCAUGCUCCUGUCUUUUAUGGACUGAAACGUAUUUAAAAUAAAUCUCUCCAAACACGUUUUAGACGCUUGGGUUCUCUUUGAUUAUCACUCUCCUGCCCGUUGGCCAGUUUAAUCUGGAGACCAUGUCUAAGCCACUUCCUUCUCUCUCUCUCCCUCUCUCUUUGGAGCAGGAUCUCUUGCUCCUCCCCUAUAAUCCCUCCCCUUGCUCUGGUGCCACUUAAUGCUCAUUUUGGGAGGAGGAGGCCGUGGGGUAGUGUGCACACUGGCACUGAGCAGAGAGAAUCCCACUUCCCUUUCUGAAAAUAAAACAUUGGACAUAAUAAAAACAGUGUUAUUUGGGGGGAGUUAAAAAGCUGAAGUGAGAAAAGCUAGGGUUUGCAGAAAAUGGACCAUAACCACCUCUCAGCUCAGAGGAAAGUGAUCUGAGCCAGCACCUGUCCGUAGUCACCAGUGAGGUGCCCACUACAACAUCUGCUGCAGCUUCGUGGGAUCGGUUUCAGUUGAUGCGGUCUGAUGGCGUGGACAAGGUGCUUGUGACGAUGCGGCCAGCAACGUGUCCUCUCGACCCUUGCACUUCUUGGCUUAUUAAAGCUUGCUGAGGGGGUUUGACUGAGUGGAUCCAUGGUGGUCAACGUGUUUUUGCGGGUGGGAGUGGUCCUAGCUGCCCUGAAAGAGGCUGUGAUCCAACCGCUCCUGAAAAAGCCCACCUUGGACCCAUUGAUUUCGAACAACUACUGCCUUUGUCACAAAUACCCCCCUUUUAGAGAAUGUGAUUGACAGGGUAGUGGCACAAGCAAUUGCAAGUACUCUUGGAUGAAACAUUAUCUUGACCUGUUCCAAUCUGGGUUCAGGCCUGGUAUGGGGCUGAAUUGACCUUGGUCGCCCUGAUCCUACCUUCAGGGUCAUUUUCAAAGAAUUGCAUUGGGAUGUUUUGUUUUAAUGUUUUUAAAGAUGUUUUGUUGUAACCUAUUUU